GGCCCCGCCGCUGCCGGCGCCGGCCGCGGCGCCCCAGCCAUGACGCCGGAUCUCCUCAAUUUCAAGAAGGGAUGGAUGUCCAUCCUGGACGAGCCGGGAGAGUGGAAGAAACAUUGGUUUGUGCUGACCGACUCGAGCCUGAGGUAUUACCGGGACUCGAACGCGGAGGAGGCAGAUGACCUUGACGGAGAAAUUGACCUCCGCUUCUGCACGGACGUGACGGAGUUUGCGGUGCAGCGCAACUACGGCUUCCAGAUACACACGAAGGAUGCCGUCUUCACCCUGUCGGCGAUGACCUCGGGCAUCCGGCGCAACUGGAUCGAGGCCCUGAGGAAGAAUGUGCGCCCGGUCAGUGCUCCGGACGUCACCAAGCUCUCCGACUGCGAUAAGGAGAACUCCUUCCGUAACUGUGUCCCCCAGAAGGGCUCACUCCGGACGGAGGAGCAGCAGAGGCCGAGCUCGGGCUCCGAGGGGAACUCAAAGGGCAGUCACUGGAAGGCGGACGGGCAGCGCCAUGCUUUUGACUAUGUGGAGCUGUCUCCCUUGCCGCAGGACCCCGGGAAUCAGGGGUCCCUGCAGAGGACGAGAGGGAGCUUGAGGACCUCCGACCGGACUUCCAAGCAUGAGGAGCUGGAGCGGGAUCUGGCCGUCCGUUCGGAGGAGAGGCGGAAAUGGUUUGAGACCCCCGACGGGAGGGUCCCAAACAGCGAUGGCCCAGCAGCAGACUCUUCCCGCAAGGUGGGGGAGCAGGACCUCCCCGCUCCCCCGCUUUCAGAGGACCAGCGGAUUCGGCUGAAUGAGGAGAUAGAGAAGAAAUGGCUGGAGCUGGAACGCCUGCCCUUGAAGGACUCACGGCGGGUGCCCUUGACAGCACUGCUGAACCAGAGCAAGGGGGGCCACGGAGACACCAAUGAGGCACUGAAAAAGGAGGUCCAGUCACUGCGGGCACAGCUGGAGUCCUGCCGGGCCCGAAACGAGAGCCUUCGGGAUGCGGCGAAAUCCCAGGGAGACGGCCACGUGCCCCGGGGGUACAUCUCACAGGAGGCCUGCGAGCGCAGCCUGGCUGAGAUGGAGUCGUCCCACCAGCAAGUGAUGGAGGAGCUCCAGAGGCACCACCAGCGGGAGCUGGAGCGGCUGCGGCAGGAGAAGGAGCGGCUCCUGGCAGAGGAGGCGGCAGCGACAGCAGCAGCCAUCGAGGCACUGAAGAAAGCCCACCGGGAGGAGAUGAAUAAGGAGCUGGGCAGGACACGAAGCUUCCAGCAAUGCAGCUCCGUCUCAGAUGCCCUCCAGAAGCAGCACCAGUUGGACGUGGAUUCCCUGAAGCGGGAGCUGCAGGUGCUUUCUGAGCAGUAUUCCCAAAAGUGCCUGGAAAUCGGGGAGCUCACCCACAAGGCAGAGGAGCGGGAGCAGACGCUGCAGCGCUGUCAGCAGGAGGGGAAGGAGCUCCUCCGGAAAAACCAGGAGCUGCAGACCCGCCUCUCAGAUGAGAUCGGGAAGCUGCGAAGCUUUAUUUCAUCGCGGGGCUCUGGGGACCGCUCUCCGCACAACAACGAGCGAAGCUCCUGUGAGCUGGAGGUGCUGCUGCGGGUGAAGGAGAACGAGCUCCAGUACCUAAAGAAAGAGGUGCAGUGCCUCCGGGAGGAGCUGCAGAUGAUGCAAAAGGAUAAGAGAUUUGCCUCAGGGAAAUACCAAGAUGUCUAUGCAGAGCUGAAUCACAUUAAGGUGCGCUCGGAGCGAGAGAUCGAGCAGCUGAAGGAACACCUGCGCUUGGCCAUGGCGGCUCUGCAGGAGAAGGAGUCGCUGUGCAACAGCGUCGGCGAGUAACGGUCUGCUCUUCGUUUGUUUAUCUGUUCUUGUUUUGUAUUUGCUCCAUUCCUCACUUGCAGGGAGGGGGAGGUUGAAUCCCAUCCGUUAUCGCCUUGGCGAGGAAUCCCACACACCCCCUAACCUCUUCACUCCCCUCCCAAAGCUUUUUUGAUGAACCCCUUUUGGCUGUGUACCUGAGCACGUUGUUUGGACUGACUCCUUACAUGCACCUUCUUCAGGAUUUUAUAUGUGAAAAUUGUAUUUUAUAGAGGAAUUUUUUCUCCCCGGGAAGAAGGGGAAGAGGAGGGGGAAAACUUUUACUACAUCACCAGCAUUUUCUAACCUGGAAAAGAGAAUCUGAUUUUCCCCCCCUCCCCAGCCCCAUUGCUCCCGGCCACACAGCCACCUUCGGCACAUAUUCCCUCUCUUCCAAAUGUCUCCGCGGCCCCUCUUGGAUGUACGGCGAGGACCAUGCUUCCCCUCCCGUGCCACCCCCAGGGACCUGCAGAGAAGACAUGCAAGCCAUAGGAGGGAGCCGCCGGGGCAGUCUGCCAUGGACAUGCUUGCCUGGGACUUUUGAAAGAGGAGACCUUGGCAAGAGUCCGCAUGAUCAAGCUCUCUCCGUGACUGUCCUUUGGCUCCUUCAAGAACCCAAAUUGGCAGGAGCCCAGAGCCACGGGGCUUCUCCUUUCCGGGGAAGAGGAGCUGUGAGGCUGCUACUGUACCCGCUGGAGCCAACCCCCCGCCAAGGUGGCAGCUGCUGCUGCUGCUCUGCUGCGCCCUUCAACUUUUAACUUAAUAAAGUCUUCCCCUUUC